AUGUUUAUCACUAAAGUUGAUUCUUUUGAUCCAGGCAAUUCAAGUGGAAUCGUGCAAAUAUCAAGAAGCCCUUGCGGGAAGUUUCUAGCAGUCAUUACACAAACUUCUCUUUGUAUAAAAGACUUAUUAACUUAUAAAUUUACAUUAAUUUCAAUAUAUACAAGAGAUGGCAAUUCAAUGGAUCAAAAUGGAUUCAAUCACUGGAUACAGUGGAUAAAUUCGUCAUGUAUUGUUGUCGGAACUCAAGCUGGACACGUUUUCAUUUUUAAUUUAGACGAUUCAGGCAACAUUAUAAAUCAUUCAAAGUUCUAUUAUCAAUCAAUCAUUACAGCAUAUUCAUCUGCAUAUAAUACUUUAAUCGUAGCUUCAUCAGGACCAAAAAUUUCAUUCAUAUCUCCUGAUGGAGUCGUUAGAUCACAAGUACAAUUCGAGUCAUCAGUUCCUUCUAUCAUAAGACACAUUGACUUUUCCGAUAAUACAGCAGCUUUCACUUUUUCUGAUGGAACAGUUUCAAUUUCUUCUUUUAAAGAAUCAGACAUCAUUAAGCAAACUCCAUUGAACGUUAACUUGUUACCAAUGACAGAUAUCAUCUCAACAAAGAUUUUUAGAAAACAAAUUGCUUUAUUGACUUUUUCAGGGAUGAUCUACAAACUACCAUUAAAUACUGAUAGAUCCGAAGUUUCUCUUGUCUCUGAAUCAACUUAUCUCUUUAAUUGGGCAAGAGAUGGUUCACAUAUUAUUUCAUUAACAGCAGAAGGGUUUAUUUCCGUUUAUUCAUCAAGGACAACAAGAUCCUCUAAAACAAAAGUAGAUUUUGGCCUUAAAAUCAAUGAAAAUACAGGAUUAUUCCCAAAUUUUAUUACUUCAGAAAUUGAUGGCUCAGGUCUCAGAUUUUUCUGUGCAACUGUUGACAAAUGCUUUGUUAUUACAUUUGCAGCUACUGAUUAUCGAUUGCCAAGCAAAGUUUUCCAUUCUCCAACAAAAAUUUUUGAUCAACUCAAAGAAGAGGUCAGAAUUCCAGAUGACAUGGUAAAUGAGUAUUUCCCAAUCCAAUACGCAACUACAUGCAAUUAUAAUGCUUUAAUUGCUUCUCGUUCAAAUUUCCAAAAAUAUAAUAUUGAAAAAAGAGCCAAGAACAGUUUAUCCGUUCCAAAUUAUAUGUGUAGAGCAUUGUGGACCCAAAACGAUUACUUUAUUUCCAUUGUUUUCGAUUCAAAUGAUCCACAAUAUAAAUUACUUGUCAUUGAUCCGGAAACAAGCAAAAUUCUACACAACAUACCACUCAAUGGCGUUUUUAUUACUGCAGAAUACAAGAAUAACCAUAUUUUGAUAGUUAUGCAGUAUUCCGCGAUUAUUCUUGAAAUUUUGCCAAGAGAAAUCAAACUUUUGAAAGAGAUAAAAGGUGAAAAAGAAUCUCCGUUUGAAGGAGGAACUUUUUCUGAAGAAGAUUUAUCUCUUUAUUUAAUAAUUUCAAACGAUAGAACUUUAAUACAUUUCCCAUCAGGCGAUGUAAUAUGCCAAGAAGUGUCUUAUGCAUAUUGUUCUCAAAACGCUUCUUUACUUUUCAUUAUAACACAUUCAAAUCAGUUUGUUAGAUAUAAUAAUGCAAUGAUAAGGCUUCCGAAGCCUUUCUUAUAUAUUGAUGGAUACAUUGGAUACUCUUUACCUGAUGAAUACGAAAUUGGAAAAAUUAAAUUUUUAUCUAACCAAUUUUUGGAUAUAAUUUUGAUGCAUUUCAUCGAUAAUCCUGAAUUAGUUGCUAAAUUAAUUCUUUCUACUAAGGAUCAGGCUGGUUUAAUGGACGGAUUUGUUUUAUUUGUUAAAAAAGCAUUGAAACAGAAGAAACAAGGAAAUUUAGCCAAAAUAUGCAUGAAUAUACAAGAUAUAAAAGAUCAUUUCUUAGUUGUAGCACUUUUCUCUGUUGAUCCGGAAUAUAUUGACUUUAUUAAGUCUUUAUUACCAAAGUAUGAAGAAUUAGUUGUAAAAUUUCCAGAUCUGAAAAGCGACCUGAAUAAAGUUUAUAAAUAA